AUGGAAGAACUUCAAAUUGCCUUUGUGGGGUCACCUCCACCUUCAGGAGAGGAGAUUUGCGCUUCCGAUAUAAACUUUGAUAGGACUCUUCCUGGUUUGCAUCAAUAUCUUGGAACAGAUUUUGUAGAUGUAGGCGGGAGAACGUUUUUGGAGCCUGGGAGUGAGACUCAUAUGUACGCAUUUUAUCGCAAGGAUGUUGUGUUGGUGCCCGGACAUUCUCUUCCAUUGAUACCUUAUGAUCCAUUGGAAUCAGAUCUUCUCCAAAAAAUUAAUAAGGAGAGAAAGCCCUUGAUAUUUCUUCCUGGGUAUCAAGAUCAUGUGAGCUUGGGGAUUUUAUUGGUUGUGUUGGUACUACGGCUGACUUAG